AUGUCUGGGCCGGGGAAGAGCAGGGAGGCACCUCAGGCAAACUCCAAGUCCCAGUUUUCUCGGGAGAAGUUGCAGUUCCCUGUGGACCAUAUAGAGAAGAUGCUGCGUCAAGGACACUGCGUCAAGCGGAUCAAAGGUGGAGCACUGAUUUACCUGGCUGCUGUGAUUGAGUACCUGACCGCUGAGCUCUUGGCACUGGCUGGGAACGCCACUCAGGACGACCCGAGGAGAUGUAUCAUGCCGCGGCAUCUGUGGCUUGCCAUCCGCCGUAACAAGGACUUCCAGAAGCUACUGCUGGGUGGUGAUGCUGUCUUCCAAGAGGGAAUCCUACCCAACAGCCAGGCCAUGCUGCUGAAGGCCAAGAGCAGCAAAUCCUCCAGGAGCAAGAGUCUUCACCUGCCGGGGGAUAACACCCUCCAGGAGAAAUAGGAGUGACUUUGACCCUUCCCUUUCACAGCCACCCACGUGCUCUAUUAAAAGAU